GAAGUGUUCAAGGAAUUCAGUAAACUGUCACCAUGUGUGUUAACAAGGUCUAUAUUACAGUUGUCAUUUUUACCUCCAAGUAGAAGAGUAUUUGGAAAACAUACACUGACAGACUUUCUCAAAGAUUCUGUGAGAGCAUUUGUCAUGCCUCCUGCACUCGCACCAAAAGCACCCAUCUAUAACAAUCCUGAUGUAAAACAGUAUGUUGACGCUUUGAUGACCCGAGCAGUGCGACCUAUAUGUACAGUGUUACAAAUAACUGGUCACAAUCGUGCACGACAACGUGACAAGUGGGCACACCUGCUGGACGAGAUGGCCAAUCUACAAGAUGAGGCUGAUAAGGUAGAUGGUUUCCUGCACCAAGUCCAGAUGAAGACUGACCCUAACAGACAGUAUGGUUCAAGUUUUGGUACAUGGGUGUUAUAUUAUACAUUACAAGUCAUGAUCAAUUAUACACUGUCAGGCUUCGAAUUAGAGCUGUAUGCACCAUAUGAAUAUCAUUAUGUAUAUUGGUAUCUAUAUGAAUUAUUGUAUUCCUGGUUAUUUUCCACCAUUCAGCGUGCAGAUUCCUUUGUUAUAGAUCAUGAAGCCUACAUAGAUAUGGUGAGCAGUAAAGGUAGGGGAAGUAAGAAAGGAAAGAAGAAGAGGCGUUCUAAAGGAGUUCAGAAAGAGGCUAACAUUUGCCAGGCUCAACAAAACAUGUUCGGAGGAUAUUAUAAAGCUGUGAUGGGUUUACAAUUAGCCAACAAAUUAAAACAUCCGAACUUUGAAUAUGAUAAGGAAGAAGUACGGUAUAGUCACAGAUUUGCUCCAUUUGCCUGUGUCUCAACACCACCCAUGGUUCCUUAUUCUCAGUUUAAGGAAAUGACAAGUUUGGUACGAUACUCUCCGAUGCCAUCCGCAGCUGAUUUAUUUACUACCAGUUGUAAAUUCUUCCAUCAAGCCAAAACACUUUACGAAACAAUUCCAAGCCCUUCAGAUGAGGUUCAAAAAGCAAUUAAAAUAGCGAAGACAAACUUUGUGAUGAUGAAGUUGUUAAGUGGAGGCCAUAAACAUGAUUCACAG